GGGAGCUACGGAGGGGGCUGUUUUGUUCUAUUUCUUUCUCAUUUUUCCCUUUACUCUCCCAAUUUAGUGGCCAAUCGAUCCCCUAUUUUAGUUCAAACCUAUAUCGCUGCUUCAUCGAGUCCGGCCAUAGUCGGCUCUGACGAGACCGAGGUGCGAACCCCGGUCCCCGGUGGGCAACUGCGUCACAAAGGCGACGCUUAGACCGCUGCGCCACCGCGGAACCGGAAGGGACGUUUUUGGAUGUAACAACUUGUCCAAAGGCGGAAGUAGACGGGACAUCGCUCUCGCGGCGUGUGGCGGCUCUCCGUGUUGCUUCCGGCUGGUCGCGGAGCGCAGCCACCUGUUCCCGUCUUCACCAACUGACCGAUAUAGUUCGGCGAACGGUAUAACGCGAUAUAACGCGAUAUAACGCGUGCCGGGCCAGCCUAUAACGUGCGGCGGGGUUGGCCAUGGGCGCGUUGCUCCUUCACGCAGCAUUUGAUAUAUUGUUAGAGCGCUGAUGUGAAGGGGGGCGUUGCGUUGCGGAGCUGCAGAGAGGUUAGCUAAGGGCUAAUGGUAGCGGCUAAUGUUAGCGGCUAAUGGUAGCGGCGGGGUUUAAUCGCGGACAGCAAACCAUGAUCAGUCUCCUUUCCAUCGUUGCCAUCUUUGAUCGAUACUGAACGUCGCCGUCGGCCAGAAGCGAGCCGGCACCGGUGUCGUCCAAAAUGAGGAUUUUCAGAGUUCUGAGGAGCAGCUUGUCCAUAGGAAAGGACAUUGACUACUACUCAAAAUUUUCACCGUCACCUCUCUCAAUGAAACAGUUUUUGGAUUUUGGCUCAGAAAAUGCAUGUGAAAGGACGUCGUUCACCUUCCUCAGACAAGAGUUACCUGUGAGGUUGGCGAACAUCAUGAAAGAGAUCAAUUUAUUACCCGACAACCUGUUAAGGACUCCAUCGGUUCGGCUGGUCCAAAGCUGGUAUAUGCAAAGUCUUCAGGAGAUUCUUGAGUUCAAGGAGAGGAAUGCAAAUGAUGAGAAAGUGAAUUAUGACUUCACAGAUGCCGUAAUAAAAAUCAGAAAUCGUCACAAUGAUGUCAUUCCAACCAUGGCACAGGGAGUUGUGGAGUAUAAGGAGGCCUAUGGUACGGACCCGGUCGUCAGCCAGAACGUUCAGUAUUUCCUGGAUCGUUUUUACAUGAGCCGAAUAUCCAUCAGAAUGCUGCUCAACCAGCACACUCUGCUCUUCGGUGGGAAAGUGAAGGUGAAUCCAGCGCAUCCUAAACAGAUUGGCAGUAUUGAUCCCAACUGCCGCGUCUCCGAGGUGGUCAGGGAUGCCUACGAGAACGCAAGAAACCUCUGUGACCGGUAUUACAUGAACUCCCCAGAGCUGUUAAUGGAGGAAUUCAACGCCAAAGACGAGGGGAAACCCGUCACUGUGGUCUACGUUCCAUCGCAUCUGUAUCAUAUGGUGUUUGAACUUUUCAAAAACGCCAUGAGAGCCACCAUGGAGCUACACGGGGACUGUAUAGAGUAUCCUGCUAUCCGUGCACAGGUUGCACUUGGAACCGAAGAUCUGACAGUGAAGGUCAGCGAUCGUGGAGGAGGGGUGCCCCUGCGGAAGAUUGACCGACUGUUCACUUAUACUUACUCCACAGCUCCCCGUCCCAGCAUGGAGGCGUCCCGCGCCGCCCCUCUGGCUGGUUACGGGUAUGGCUUGCCAAUCUCACGGCUCUACGCCAGGUACUUUCAAGGGGACCUGAAGCUGUACUCGUUGGAGGGUUACGGAACAGACGCUGUGAUCUACAUUCGAGCAUUAUCCACAGAGUCCAUUGAGAGACUACCCGUGUACAACAAGUCGGCCUGGAAACACUACAAGACUAUCCACGAGGCUGAUGACUGGUGCGUGCCCAGCAAGGAACCGAAGGACAUGACAACGUUCCGUAGUUUCUAGAUCUCGUGUUGGCUGGGGUCCAGUAAACCUUUUAACGGAGAGCCCUGUUAGAUUUCUUCCUUUGCAAAGUGUGGGGACAGUGUGUUGUCGGGCACAAACGCUGCCACAGUAAUGGUCAGGUCAAAUUUACACUGCUUGUGCGAAACAAUAAAAUAAUAUGAGUUGUAGAUCAAAGCUCUGAUGCCAGGCAUUUUACCAGAAAGUGAUUUAGGUUCCUAAAAUCCACAUUUAUCUUUUAAAACCUCUUCUGGUUUUUGGCUUUCGCUUGAUGUAAGCAUGCUCACGCAACUGUUAAUUAGCUGAAAAUGGAAGUUUUAUUGUGUAAGUCAGUGCGUUUACAUGUGUAGUGAAGUCGAGCUACAGUUAUAGCUGGAUUAGGCCGUGUAACUAGACUACUGUCGGUGCCCCAGUAUACAAGAAACAAGGGAGAAUCGAUUUAUUGACAGAAGUAUGUCCGACCCCGGUACAGUAGGUGGUGAUAUGCCCCCUUUCAGCUGGUUGCUGUUGGGCUGUAGCGUACACAUGCCAGAGUAAAUCCAUCCCCAACCGCAUCAUCUAGGUGUGUAAGUCCCACUUCGAGAAAUUCAAUUUAGUACGAUUUCAGUCAGACUAACACGUUUACGUGUAUUUUAAAAGUCCAGUUUUAGUCGGACUAACACAAUAAAUCCACUUUUUCUAACGUCAUGUAAACAUACUGACUGUGGAGUGUGUAAUGCCUGGUUCUGCAAGAACGGGACAUCUGUUACAGACUUACUGCCCUUCUGUUAACCCUUACCUCGGUGUUUAGCUCCUCUGUUACCUUCAUAGGAAAUGUUAAGAACAAGGAAACCAGAUGGAGGGAAUUUUUGUUUAGGGGGAAAAAACUGAUCAAGUCAUAACUAAGUGUGUCAGCGUUGUGAACUGUUGAACAGUGUGUUAGUUUUAGAUAAAGGUUUGGAACAGGUAUGUUUCUAAAUGUAGCAUAAUCCUAUAGGAGCAGCCUCACAAAUGAGGCAGAUGUAGUUUUGAGGUUAGAACAUUUCAAACCGUUGAGCACAUGUAAAAAGUUCUGUCAGAAUAACGGCAAGUCGCGUUCGCUUCACAGUGACAGUUUGACACAGUUGCUUGAAACGAUAACUUAAUAAAACUGGUAUGACAACCGUG